UCAAUCGGAGUUUUUUCUUUUCUUUUUUUAUAAUAGUUUAUUUUAUAAAAAUUAUUAUUACAAAUCUAUAUAGGUUGUUGUUGUUAAUCUGUAAUCAUCUUUGUAUCUGCUGUCUGAUACAGCCACCAAUCUUGAGCUGCCUUUUUGCAAAACCAAAACCUAGUUUGUUUGACUUCACCCUCUCUUCUCUGUGUUGCUUCUGUGCCAUUAAAAAUGGAUUUUUGUCUUCAGUGUUGUGGAUUUUGGAGCAAAACUCGAAUCAGUUCUGAUCCUAUCAUAUUUUAGUUUUGGGUUAAGUCAUAAAAAAAGGGAUUUUUAGGGGUAGGGAGUGAUAUGAAGAAGCGGGACAAUUCGGGGCUUUUGGGAUUAAGGUUCGAGUGGCAGGUUAUCUUCUGGCUAUUGAUUUUGUUGGCGAUUUCGCAACAAGCGACGGGAUUGAGACCCAUAAGGGAGAAAACUCGAUCAUGGAGCGACGAGUGGCUCUUUGGUAGAAAACAAGAGGCUGAAGUAGGACCGUUUUCCGCAUGGAAUAUAACAGGAACAUAUAGAGGAACUUGGAAGUUUCUGAACUCCGCAAAUAGCUCUUCAAAGUUUCAAGACUUUCAAAAAGAAAAUGGUAAUUCUGUGGUUGAGUUAGUGGCAGUUCCAACGAAAAUAACCGGUGUGCAUUAUGUUCAGGGUGUAGUUGUUUUCCAUGACGUAUUUGACAAUGAACAAAAUGUGGGUGGUGCCCAAAUAAAUCUGGAAGGUGUAUAUAUAUGGCCCUUUAGACAACUCCGCCUUGUGGCUAAUAGCGGCAAGGAGAGCAACUCAGGGCAAGAAGACAAUAAUCUUCUCUCAAAUCCCUAUCAUCUGCUAGGAAUUUUCUCCUCUCAAGUGUUUCAAGAAUCUCCAAGAGACAGAUUACUGAGACGGAAAAUUUCUCCAGUGAAUGAAAUGGAGAAGCACUGUAAUAUUGAAAUAGCAGCUCAAGUAUCCCGUGUGGCUUCUAGUGAAAAUAAUGGAGACAAAAAUUAUUAUCACAUGGAAGGGUUGCUGGAAAGUCCUGGGGCAGGCGAUGACGGAAAUUGUUUCUCGCCUUUGUUACUGAAUGCAACCUCUGUAAAUGUCGAAGUCUACUAUAACAAAGCUGUGAACUAUACGCUGAUGGUUACUUUUGUCUCGUUCCUCCAGGUUCUUUUGUUAAUCCGACAAAUGGAGCACGGUAACACACAUUCUGGUGCUGCCAAGGUAUCUAUUGUAAUGAUUGGGCAACAAGCUAUCAUGGAUGCUUAUUUGUGCCUUUUACAUCUCACGGCUGGUAUAUUAGUCGAAUCUCUGUUUAAUGCAUUUGCAACCGCUGCGUUCUUCAAAUUCGUAGUCUUUUCGAUUUUUGAGAUGAGAUAUCUUCUGGCGAUAUGGAAAGCAACCCGUCCUUCCAACAGCGGAGAAGGUUGGGAAACAAUGAGGCGAGAACUGUCCUUUCUCUACAGCCGUUUCUAUGGGAUACUUCUUGGAGGCAUUUUGAUAAUGUACCAGUUCCACAACUACAUGCAGCCGAUUCUCCUUCUCAUGUACUCAUUUUGGAUACCACAGAUAGUUGCCAAUGUCGUCCGGGAUUCAAGAAAGCCUCUGCACCCUUAUUACAUCUUGGGGAUGACAGUUACACGGUUAGCUAUACCGUUAUAUGUUUUUGGGUGCCCACACAACUUCAUGCGUGUAGAGCCCAACAAGUUCUGGUGCGUAUGCUUGUGCACAUUCAUGGGGUUGCAAGCUGCCAUUCUUCUUCUUCAGCAUUAUUUUGGUUCACGUUGCUUUGUUCCGCGUCAGAUGCUACCAGAGAAAUACAACUACCACCGAAGAUUUAAUCGGGACGUAAACCACAACACUGAUUGCGUUAUCUGCAUGACCGCUAUUGAUCUCAGACAGCAUACCAGUGAUUGCAUGGUAACUCCAUGUGAACAUUUCUUCCACUCGGGCUGCUUACAGAGAUGGAUGGAUAUAAAAAUGGAGUGCCCAACUUGCCGGCGUUCUCUUCCUCCAGCAUAGAGGAUGUUUUCGGUUUGUUAGGAUGUACCUGCUUCACACAGUUUAUUGCGGGUGGGGAUGGUUCUUUAAUUUCAGGUCCUUGAAGAGGUUUAGAAGAUUUUUAGAUGAAAAUAUAGCAAAGGUGGAAUCUGUAACUGCGGCUAGAUACCGCGGAUAGACAUUGUGUUCUGUAUAAUCGUAUAAUUUUAAAAAUCUUAGUGCAUAUUCUUUCA